ACGGUGGAGCAAAGGAACGCCAAAGUUGUUUUCCACUGCUGAUUAACCGAGCGAGCAACAAAGUUCAGCAACUGCAACAAAUCGCCGUACGUCUCUUCUUACACUUAAAAGAGCGAAACACGUCUGCAAAUAACAUUUCUCAACACGGAUUGUAAUCACUUAUUAAAACGCAAAUUAAAGCUUCGUUUUCCCCUAGAAAAUAAACGAGUAACUCUUGUUCAAUGUGCACCAAGAACGGAUUGCGAUGAUUGUGUCCAACUUAAGUGUGCUCAGUUGUAGGAGGACGAAUAGCGCGCUGUGUCUCAGUGCAGUUGAUGGACAUUUGGAUGCGUCCUCCUCUUAUCGCACCCUGAGCCCCACCGGGCACCUGCUCGUGGCGGUGUGCUUGGGCUUCAUCGGCUCUUUAGGAUUCCUCAACAACUUACUGGUUCUUGUGCUUUUCUGCCGCUACAAGGUGCUGCGGUCACCCAUCAACUUUCUGCUAGUGAAUAUAUCCUUGAGCGAUCUUCUGGUUUGUCUGUUGGGCACUCCGUUCAGCUUCGCGGCGAGCACUCAAGGGCGAUGGCUCAUCGGGGACAGUGGAUGUGUGUGGUAUGGAUUUGCCAACUCGUUGUUAGGCAUUGUAUCCCUCAUCUCGCUGGCCGUGCUGUCGUACGAACGCUACUGCACGAUGAUGGGCUCCACGGAAGCUGAUGCCACCAACUACAGGAAGGUGGCAGGUGGAGUGGUGAUGUCCUGGGUCUACUCUUUGAUCUGGACUCUGCCUCCUCUCUUUGGCUGGAGCCGCUACGGACCUGAAGGCCCUGGUACCACCUGCUCUGUGGACUGGACGGCCAAGACGGCCAAUAACAUCUCUUACAUCAUUUGCCUCUUUAUUUUCUGCCUGAUUGUCCCAUUUCUGGUCAUAAUUGUCUGCUAUGGUAAGCUGCUGCAUGCCAUUAAACAGGUCAGCAGUGUGAACACGCCUAUGAGCCGCAAGCGAGAGCACCGGGUUCUUCUCAUGGUGAUCACCAUGGUGGUCUUCUAUCUGCUCUGCUGGUUACCCUACGGGAUCAUGGCUCUGCUAGCCACUUUUGGAGCUCCAGGACUAGUGACUGUGGAAGCUAGCAUUGUUCCGUCCAUCCUAGCGAAAUUCAGCACCGUCAUCAACCCCGUCAUCUACAUUUUCAUGAACAAACAGUUCUACAGGUGUUUCAGAGCUCUUUCGAAAUGUGACAAACCCCAGCGAGGUUCCAGUCUCAAAAGUACUUCAAAGGUAACAAAAGUUUUCCGGCCUGGGCGGCACAUGGACAAUAACUUUACUUUUGUGGUUGCCUCAGUGGGACACACGGUGGCCCCAAACCAGGCAACUCCAGUGGAGGAGGAGAAUGGCUCUCCAUCAUCGGAUAAUGCCAAACCUGUGGUGUCCCUGGUGGCCCAUUACAAAGGUUGAGAGCUAGUCCUGCUUUAGAAAUGUCAGCACUUAAAGAAACUUUUUCACACAUAAUGAGUGAAAUACUGUUUGAGGUUUGGAGGACUUUACAGGGUCGUGGAAAAAUAUUAGUCCAGAAUUGGGGGCUAUUGUGUAAAGUGUUUUGCUUAUGAUGCUUAUGCCACUGCAUCCAACAACAGAAGGCUGAAUUCUUGCAGUAAAAUGUAGCUAGCUGUUUCUAUUUUUAUUUUUAAUAUUCUUUGAUUCUGAUGGUGUUAAAUACUGUUUCAUAAACCUGAAAACAAGGUCUGAGAAAUAAAGCUUACAGUAUGUAAAAUGUUCAACAACAUUCUCAAUACAGUAAACAGCAAAUCUUUGAGGGACAUCUUACUGCUUUUUUUAACGGAAUUAAACAAACGGGGUUUCUACAUAAGCAUUUCCUUUUCUUUUCAAAAAUAGGGAAGUUGGAUAUUAAAUGUUUUAAAUUAUAUUCUUGCUAGGUCUGUGGAAUACUGUUUGUAGUUCCUGUGUUUUGUGUUGGAUGAAUUUGUUAAAGUGGCCAUAACUCAGACAGUUUCUGCAUAUCUCAUGUUAAUCUCGAGUGCUUACAGAAUAGUAUCGCACCCUUCAAAUAUCUGUAGUCUUUAGUUUGAUCACAUUUAUAACUAAACUAACUAAAGUGGAACUUAAGCAUGUGCGCACACAUUGCCAACAAAACACAGACAUAUGACUUAGUUUCACUUACAGCGUGCAGUUCAUGUCCGGCAUCUUUUAGCGCUGGGACUGCGCCAUCUAUCAGUUUCAAACGAUUUCCAAAUCCAGCGUUACAUCCACCGUUUAUCUAACAUCCAUCACUAAAAUGCCGUGAACAAACAAACACACCUCAACUUCUCUCACUAUCGCAAGAGUGACGAACUGCAGCUGCAGGCCCACAGCGCAGCCAAUCUUGAUGGUAAGCGGGUCUUCCUAUCGCUCGUCGAUUGACGUGUGAGCGGGCUAUUUCUUUCGCCUUGUCGUGGGCGUGCUUUUCCGGGAGAAUUGCCCAAUAAGGGACUAAGGAAAGUAGUUACGAAACGGAUUUUCAUGUUUAAAAAAUAACUUUCAGAAACCUAUACGAACACUGGGGGAGCGUAUCGAGCACAGAAAUACUACGUCAUACUUCCAACUCGUUUUUUGACAAGUUGACCAUGUCAAGCAUGAGAAGACAGCACGUUUUACAUUGUGAGUAAGUCCAAAUGCACGAAACACCGUUGCAUCCCCCCUUUAAAAUGACACAGAAGGUCACUUACCACAGAAGGUAAACGAUGGACAUUCUUGUGGUAAAUGACACUGUGAACUAAUGUAAAUACAUUUAUUUGCAGAUUUAAUCAUUUAUCAUCCUGAUUUUUGUUUUUUUGUUCAUCGUGAAUAUGGAAGCUGCAUUGUUUCUAUUAAUUUAUAGAAAUCCCGCACAUUAGCACUUUAUAUUUUAGCAUACUUCACAAACAUCAUCAAAAAAAAUUCCAUCUGGAAAUAUUGAUGUGGACAGUAAAAGGACAUUUUCUCACGUCUGAGAAGGCUAAAUCACAUCUUUUUAAUCUAGAAACUAGAUAUGGAAUAAACUACUAUGACCACCAUGAGAUGACCGAAGGAUGUGAUUUUAUAAAAACAUUUUCAGUUAAUAAAAUUAAUCCAAUUCAUUCUGAUUAAAAUGGAAUACAAUUUUGAACUAUAUUUGAUUACAGUACAACAAUCAAUUCAUGCACCACAUUUAUAUGCCUCUAAUUAUUUUCAGUGAUAAAAGCUUCUGAAUUUAUGACUUUAUUUUUUAAUUGACUCAUUUUUGGUGUUUGGCUUGCGAUUUGUGCGCCGUUGAAGACACUCAGUUGUAUCAUUCAGUUAAUAUUAAAUUAAAGCCACAACAUGGAAUAAUUUUGUUAUGAAAUAUCCAAAAUCACUUGCACAGUGUGAUAUAUUUCAUGCAGUUGUGUACUUACAUUAUCCCAAAUGUUCCCAAGAAUGUGCAAAUCCAGAUAUAUUCCUAUUUAAAACAAUGACCCGUCCCUUGUCUCCCUUGUAUUUGUUGCAUAUCGGUGACUUAAUAUCCGGUGCUCCGCACUACCCUCAGUUUCCGGUUGUAGAAACUACGGCAACACGCAAAUGCGGAAGUGGUUUUAUGUUAUUAUGGAUCACGAUACUCUUUGGCGAGUAAAGGAAACCCAAAAAAGUGUAAACGUAGGCCAAAUGAGGCAAGCAGGCUUAUGGACAAACGAAGAAAUAAAACAAGGAUUAAUAUCGGCGUGGCGUUUUUCAUAUGGGAAAGCUUCGCGACCAACUUGGACUCGACAGAGUCUCCGCUCUCGCAUGUGUUUUAAUAGACAGGUAAGCAAAAUGUUUUUUAUUGUACACCAAAUACUCAUGCGAGAGUAUGAGUAUGUUGUAUUUUAGUACACCGGUCUUCCACAUAACUCAAUAAUUUACCUAAUAAAAGCAAUAAGAUAAAAACAGUUGUACAUCUUCAUUUCUGAAAACAUAAUAUAAUUGAGAUCACUCUAAUUACAUUAAGUUACAGUUCAGUAAGAAUCUCCACUAAAAUGCGGCAUUUGGAAACACUAGUAAUGUAAUUGCACGAUUUAAUUUAGAUUAAAAAAUAAGAUACUUACUUGUGGUCGUUGAGCGUUCGACAUUUUUACUUCAAUAUGAACAAGUCCAAACGAUUAAAUACACAUCUCUUCUUCUUGUUGUUGUUCAUUCUUUAUAUGAGUAUUACCGCCACCUACUGUAUAGCUUUAAACACACAUCUUUUCCACGUGGGCCGGUUUCAUCAUCCGAGCUUUCUGCAUGAGAUCUUGUGAUUGGUUGUCAAGCCAGCCAAUCAUAAUUUAGCAGUCCCAUUGCCGAUUGGCUGGAAUUAUGACACACUGUAACAAUUGGUUGUGUUGAGCGAGCGAGCUGAUGGAUCACACGGACACAGCUUGCUCUGAGGAGAGAGCAGGCGAGUGUUUGCAAACAUUCAGAUAAAUGUUGUUUUGUUUCAAAAUUCAUUUUCGUUCGCGCGAAUUACUUUUAUCCUCGCGAGACGAGUAUAUUCUCCACGAAACUUAGUUGAUGCGCGUGCGAUGUGGCUUUUAUGUGCACAAAAUUAUAUUUUUUGCGCGCAGAAUUGUGGCACGAUUCCAACGCCAUAUCCGUGAACAUGGGCGAUCUCCAUACGCCUCUGGAUGGUCGUUUUCACCACUCUCCUACAUAACAUCAUUUAGCUUUGCCUUUUGUCGUUGUUUCUAAAGUGCACCAUCUAGCGGUCCAAAUAUUCCAUAUUGUGGCUUUAAUUAUGCUCUUCUGACACAUUCCAUUCAGGAACGUAUAUGUCUACUAUGUAAGAUUUUGUUUGAGAUAAGCAGACCUCAAAUUCAAUGUGUGUCUUGGAUGUUUUUAAAAGCUCUUAGAAGCAUUAAUAAUCUGCUUAAUUGCUCUCAGUGCUGCUUAUAUAAAUUAUUAGUUGAUCUGUAUUUGUUGAUUCACCAAGUGAUUUCAAGUGUUUUGUUGACAUUUGAUACAAAAUGCAGUAAAUAAGAAAGACAGUUGUUGCGAAAUAAAACUCUGAUAGGGUGAUCAAAACCUGUAUGUCCCUAAAAAUGUGUUACACCUCUGUGUGUUUAAAGUAUAUUUUGUUAAUGUUAAUGAUAAGUUGAUCCUUACAAUUCGACUGUUAAAUUAGAAAUAUUGUAAAAUAUUUAAAUGUUAAAAUGCCCACAGUAUUUAUCUUUUGCAAACAACAUUACAGCAAGGCGUUGAAAAAUUACGACUGCGAACAUGAAUGUUUGUAUAGUUAAUUGUUGUUUUAUUAUACAACACAAAAUGUUAUUUUAUUGUAUGUAACUUUGUAUUGUUUGUGAAAUCCAACAGUGUUGGGGUUUCUAAUGUUGGUUCGAGUUCAAUAAAGUUAUUUUUAAAGCA